GUACUUCACUCAUCCGGGCAUCCCAGCUGUUGCCAUCGGUUCAGUAGAUAUGAUGAGAGAAAGCGGCCUAGCUUCAGUCGUUCAAAUUAACAUCGGAUUUAUUUUCACCUCCGCUUUAAUCAACUAAAUAUUACACUGGAGUAUCUUUAGUGGAGUAAUUAAUGAUCGUGAAUGGCUCAUUUCCUUAUCAGAAGAAUAGUUUUGGCUGCUGGACCGUGACCCUAGUAACGUUAUUGCUUAAAGCUAAACUCCAUUUUCCUCUCAGCUGAGUCAAAUGAUUUCCAUCUAACUGACUUUUUAGGACACUCCAAUUUUCAAACAGCAGCGUGUGGUGUGUGACGAUCAUGGCCGUGUUCAGCUCCCAGGUGCUGCUCGCUGUCACAAAAUCAAGGGGAUCAUACUUGCUCUCCAAAAGCCAUGGCUGUUCCCCUCUUUCCUUUUCCUCUAUACGUUAUCACAUCGCCACGUCGGAUCUCUCAUCGUUCAGUCCUCCCAGACCCCUCUGCCUUCACAUACCCCGCAAAACCAACCCACAGACUUUUUUCAUCCCCGCUCGGACCCUUCACUCCUCCUGCGUCUGGCUCCAGGAAGUGAAGAAAUCCCCCGCUGAAGGCGAACAGGUGAAUGCUGAUGUCAUUCCCGAGCACACUAAAGCUGUGGCACGUAAAUCUCUGGGCCAGAGAGUGCUGGACGAGCUGAAGCAUUACUACCACGGCUUCCGGCUGCUGGGAAUCGAUACGAAGAUUGCCGGACGCAUGGUGUGGAGGUUGCUGCAUGGACAACAGCUCACCCGCAGGGAACGGAGGCGGCUGAUGAGGACCUGUGCAGACUUGUUCCGUCUUGUCCCUUUCAUGGUGUUCAUCAUUGUCCCCUUCAUGGAGUUCCUGCUUCCUGUCUUCCUGAAGCUCUUCCCUGAAAUGCUUCCCUCUACUUUCGAGACAGAGACCAAGAAGGAGGAGAAGCAGAAGAAGGGACUUGCAGCUAAACUGGAGCUGGCGAAGUUUCUGCAGGAGACGAUCUCCGAGAUGGCCCUUAGAAACAAAGCGGCCGUGGGAGGAGACGAGACCCAGAAGUUCUCUACUUAUGUGCAGCAGGUGAGACAUACUGGCGAGCAGCCCACUACAAAAGACAUCGUGAAAUUCUCCAAGCUUUUCGAAGACGAACUGACCCUGGAGCACUUGGAGCGCCCGCAGCUAGUGGCUCUGUGUAAAUUGCUGGAGCUGCAGCCCAUCGGCACCAACAAUCUUCUGCGCUUUCAGCUCAUGAUGCAGCUGCGUACCAUCAAAACUGAUGAUGAGAUGAUUUCUAAGGAAGGGGUUUCAGCGAUGUCCGUAGCAGAGCUUCAGUCUGCGUGUAGGAGUCGAGGGAUGAGAGCUCUCGGUCUUAGCACAGAUCAGCUGCGAGAACAACUCCAGCAGUGGCUGGAUCUGCACUUGAAAGAAAACGUUCCUCCAUCUUUGCUGCUGCUUUCCAGAGCCAUGUACCUUACAGAACUCAAACCCAAAGCUCCUGUUAUUCCUCCUGUGCCCAAACUGGAGAAAUCUCCUGUUGAGAGUGAAUCUACAGCAAAGUCCCUUUCCUCCUCUGGGGAAAUGCUGAUUGACUCUGCCCCAGUCAUCAAGGAUAGGAAGGUUAGCGGAGGAAUUGGCGGACAAACAUGACUUGGAGAUGCCAUCACCAGAGGCUCAGUUAAUUCAUGCUAAAGGUGCAGAACUGGCACAGAAAUCCAAGAUGAGUGCUAAUGGACUUUGACAGGCUUCUUCUGGAAAUUUCUAACUGUACUUCAUCAUCUGCCAUGCCAGCCAUGAGUGCACUCACUCACUUGAUGGCACACACACGCGUACACACUCCAGGAUCCCGGCGGUAGACUCUGAAGUGUCCCUGCCCUCCUCCAGUGCUCCAUGGCCUUUUUUUUUUCUUUCUUCUUCCCAGUUUACAAACCAGAGAAAUAGAACCACGUCGGUUCAUUUUAUGUACAUUUGUAAAUAAAAUGUAAAAUAUUACCUGCAUAUUAUAAAUAUUAUGAAGACGUGAUCCUCAUUUGGUCACGUAACUGUGCCAUAUUUCAUCUAUACUGCUGAGAAUCAGUCAUGCUGUUUAGUGCAGGCAGGUCACGUUUGGUUUCCUAUACAAAUGGAACAUGAAGUUGACUGAAUCCUGUUGUAUGGAAUCCUUAGGCACCGGAAGAUGAAAUAAACCAGCUUUCACCCGUGUGCUAGACUUUUCAGUCCCGUUUGUGAGUUUGUAUAUGUUAGUGCGAUCAUAAAAAGACUUUAUUUUUUUGUAAUGGAAACUAAGCAGCAGUCUUUUACACUAAAUAAAGAUCAGUGUUUGUAUAUUAACUGAAGUAUGUAAAUCAAUUGAUAACUCCUGAGUAUUCGUUGCUACUUUAAAGCCCUAAUCAGGAGUCUUGUAAAAAUGAAAUGUAGCAUUUUAUUUUCCUGUUUGGAGAAAUAUGUAUUUGUUUAUUUGUCGUCGUCGUCCCCCCCUUCCCCCCGAGUCGGUUAAAGCUUUAUAUAUUUGUUUGUUUCAUUGCCAGAUUAGAUGAGCAGUCAGUGAACUAGUGGAGUCCUACUGCUCUGGCUGAAAUCUUUUUAUAUAUAUAUAUAUUACACUGUAUGUACUACUACAACUAUACCUAAAAAUAUAAUCUAUAUUUCUAUCAAUCUGUAUAAUUUGUUAAAAUGUUUCUGAUAUAAAAAUUUAACUCGAAUUAUUGAUUAUUUGAAAAAACAAAUUUUGUUUGUUUACUGUGGUGUGUCUUAGCACUAAAUUGAGAAGUAUUUGGAGAUGAUGGUGAAACCCGGUAUGUGGCUGUUGCCAGUCUUUGUCGCCUCAUUGGGGCUUUAAAGAAAGACCUGUUACUGUUCCUGGAGAAACGUGUACUUCAUUUAUACUUUUUUUUAAAAAUUCAUUUAGUAUGUAGAGUUUCAUUUCCAAUGCAGUGCAGUGACACUUAUGUGUUUUUAUGCCUGUAGGUUAAAUAUGAGCUAUAACACUGUAUGAUCCCAGAUGAGUGUCAUCACGUUUCUAGAUCACAGAUAUUGUGUUGAAUAUUUAAUAAAGUGCAUCAGCUCAGUCUGAUGAUUGUGCCUGUUGGCGUAGACUAAUGAGCAGACUUUGAUUAGCAGCUUGGCGGUGUGUGAGACCUGCAUUGUGUUAUGGCGAAUGCUGAUAAGUGUGGCGGAAUAGUGAGGGACCUCAGACGUGGAUUGUAUACAAGGUUUAUAGAGUUUCAUGAGUCUCUACAUUUAACCUAACAUCAUGCUCAUAUCAUUUUAACUGCUGUGUUAAAUUGAUGGUUUGUUUUUAUUUCCUGACAGUUUGAGUUGGACCUUCAUGCCUUUUCAUUUGGUGCAGAUUAAAACUCAAUGCCUUUCAUUUGGUAUUUUUCUGUUAUAUUGUUAUAUUCUCUGUGUCUGGAAUAUUUAAGGUGCUCAUGUCCUGCCCUGUUUUUUUUAAUGUUUUAACAACCUUGUCAACUUCCCCACAUUAAAAAUGUGCAUCCCGUGUGCCUUGUGACUGAUUAUCUUAUCAGGAUGCCGACUAAAUAGCAGAUCAUUAAACAGUUUGUGAUGUAGAUUUCCAUCCAGGGGAAGUCAACUGUGGUGUUAAAGGGUUGAAAGGCAGGUGAAAAAAAAAUAAAUCAGCUUCAAACAGUGUGA